AAACAACAACAAAUCCUCAAGUCAGCAGUCCUCAUCAUCUUCCUCUUCUUCAUCUCUGUCGUCAUGUUCUUCUUCAUCUGCACUGGCACAAGAACUGUCUCAGCAAACAGCAGUAAUACCAGAGUCUGAUUCUAAUAGCCAGGUUGACUGGACGUAUGAUCCAAAUGAGCCACGUUACUGCAUUUGUAAUCAGGUGUCCUAUGGUGAAAUGGUAGGCUGUGAUAACCAAGAUUGCCCUAUUGAGUGGUUCCACUAUGGAUGUGUUGGACUGACAGAAGCACCAAAAGGGAAAUGGUACUGUCCACAGUGUACGGCUGCAAUGAAGAGAAGAGGCAGUAGACAUAAAUAAGUUUCUUCAUCUGGAAAACAAAUUACAUACUAAAGGUUUUGUAGAGGACUUGGGAGGGGGAGGAACCCCCACCACACUUCCUUGCAACCACUAAGGGUUAACAUAGCAGUCAUAAGAUCUUGAACUAUUGAUUUUGCUAGUUGUGUUUUAAUAUUGUAAGUAAAUUAUUUAUGCACAUUGAUGUGCUACAGAUAAUAUUCCAGUGAGCCUUGGAUUGUUCCAGUGGCCAACAUAUGCAGACAUUUGUACUAUCAAACCAUUUUCUCUAAGCAGUGGGCAUUCUACAAUUAUUCAAUCUUCAAAAAAUUCCAAUAAGUCAAGAUUUUAAAUGUAUGUUUUAUAUUCAACAGAUAUAUUCUGCUGCAUGUACUGUACUCAAGAGCUGUUAUGUAACACUAUGUAUAUAAAUGGUGCAAAAAGUCGGCGCUUCUGGAAAAAAAAAAAAGAGACAAUGGUUUUUAAAAUGCCUUUAUAGCUUUGGUUCUUUAUGAAACUUAAUUCAGCAGGCUGAAGAAAAAGGUUCUUGUAUACAGCGGGCUGUUGUCCUCUAGGGUACUUGAGUAUGUAAAAACAAACAAAAAAAAAAUGCUGUAGAAUAAGACAAACUUGUGCCAUUAGUCUUUAUAUGUUUCUGCUCCAGAGAAGGCGCAGGCCAUAAGAGGAAAAAAAGGUGUUAAAGUGAUGAUAAAUUUUUAUACCAAAUGUGUUUAUUUUUUUGUGCAAGUAAUCCUUUAAAUUUGAAUUGUAUUAGGUGUUAAAAUAAAACAACCUCAGCUCCUCAAA